AAGAAAGACAGUCAGCAAAGCCAGGGAGAGCUCCAGCUCCUCCCUCCCGCUCUGCUCAGCUCCCUCUCCUCACGGUGCCCUGAGAGUGCCUGUGCCCUGGCUGUGCCACCCAGUCCUGGAAUCCUGCGGUCCCCUCAUGGCGAGGACUUGAGUGGACAGCAAGUGGGUGGGGAGAGGGGGGAGAAAGGGAGCACACGUUGUGCCCUGCAGCCUCUCUGGAUGCAGAAGCCGGACUCACUGCAGAGGCAGCUGUGCUGUUCCAAGAGACCAGCUUCUGGGGUUCAGCCAUCUCGCAGGGUUCUCCGAAGUUCUAGGGGCACGCCAAGUGGGAGCCUCCUCUUCUGGGCACUGACAGUAGAGCCUGCCUCUCCUCUGCCACCAUGAGCAGCUGCUCCACGAGAUGCAAGCUGGGGUUUGUGAAAUUUGCCCAGACCAUCUUUAAGCUCAUCACUGGGACCCUCAGCAAAGAUAAGAUUGAAGAUGAGCUGGAGAUGACCAUGGUUUGCCAUCGGCCUGAGGGGCUGGAGCAGCUUGAGGCCCAGACCAACUUCACCAAGAGGGAGCUGCAAGUCCUUUAUCGAGGCUUCAAAAAUGAGUGCCCCAGCGGUGUGGUCAAUGAAGAAACAUUCAAACAGAUCUAUGCUCAGUUUUUCCCUCAUGGAGAUGCCAGCACCUAUGCCCAUUACCUCUUCAAUGCCUUCGACACCACCCAGACAGGCUCCGUGAAGUUUGAGGACUUUGUGACUGCUCUGUCGAUCCUACUGAGAGGAACUGUCCAUGAGAAGCUCAGGUGGACAUUUAAUUUGUAUGACAUCAAUAAAGACGGAUACAUAAAUAAAGAGGAGAUGAUAGACAUUGUCAAGGCAAUCUAUGACAUGAUGGGGAAAUACACAUAUCCUGUGCUCAAAGAGGACACUCCAAGGCAGCACGUGGACAUCUUCUUCCAGAAAAUGGACAAAAAUAAAGACGGCAUCGUGACUUUAGAUGAAUUUCUUGAAUCCUGUCAGGAGGAUGACAAUAUCAUGAGGUCCCUCCAGCUGUUCCAAAAUGUCAUGUAAUUGGGGACACUCAGUCAUCCAGCUCUCAGAGACGUUGUACUAAACAACCACUUUAACACCCUGAUCUGCCCUUGUUCUGACUUUACACACCAACUCUUGGGACAGAAACACCUUUUAAACACUUUGAAAGCAUUCUCUGCUGAAGACUUUCUAUGGAACCCAGCAUUGCCUGGCUGAGUCUCUGAUUGCCAAUCCUUCCUCCUCCCUCUUCUUGAGAGAGACAAAAUGAAACUUGAGUUUGUUUUGGAAGCAUGCUCAUCUCUUCACACUACUGCCCUAUGGAAGGUCCCUCUGCUUCAGCUUAAAUAGUAGUGCACGAUGUUCCGCUUGCGUGCCCCGACUCACUGCCUCCAAGUCCAGAAGACCUUGAUGUCUGGAAGCAAGAAGACCUGUGGCAAAUGCACACUGCCCUCUGUUGGCCUCCCAAACCAAUGUGCCUGUUUCUCUUUCUUUGGUGGGAAGAAUGAGCAUUCUACAGAACAAUUAGAAUCAACCAUGGCUAGAUUGGGAGAGCCAGCACCUACCACAAGCAGGAUAAGACUGAUUUAUUAAGCAAGGCAUUGUCUGAUGACCCAAACUGCCCACAUCCUUUGUUUCCAGAGACAAGGGCCAAAAACUCUCUCUCCCACUAGCAUCUGUGCUGUUAAUGCAAGUCCCUUAAUAUGCCCAGGAAGGGAGUCAUUGUCCAAUGGUCCAUGCCUCCACCCCAUCCCCUGCUAGAGCCCAGCACUGCAUGUCUUUCCCAGACAGCCCAGGAUGCCCACAAAUAGCUGUAAUUUUAUACCAUGUUCUAAUCAAUAAACAGAACUAUUUCUUACACU